UCAUGGUUCCUCCGCUACAAAACACUUCUGGGACGUUGCCUCCAGACAACGUUACCACUUUAUCAAAUUCUAACUCUUUGUCUCCUCUUUCUGAGACUAACAACACCCCCUCAACUAUUCGUAGCUAUGCUUCAGUCACUGCAACUUCAUCUCGAGACUCUCGUUUGGAUUCUAAAAAACCCUCAAAAUCCAUGCCUCCUCACCCCAGAAAAGAGUUGUCGCUUUUUCGCUCCACUGAAAUUGAGAAUUGUUCCAACAAUUCCUCCAAGCGUCUUGUUCACCUUACGGGUACUACUGAACAUUCCGUGUUUUAUCAUAUUCCUAAGCACCUUUCAUCCUUGAGAUCAGCCCUGGCCUUAGAACUAAGCCAUAAAUUCCCCCUUGGAGUCGGUCUCGGAUUAACUUUAACCGAAGACUCUACAGGCACCAAUAUGGAAUUUACUUUAGCUUCAAAAGGCGAUUGUGAGUCAGCCAUUGCUUCACCUAUCAACGUUGGAGAUACGUUUUUCCAUGCCUCUCCUGCAGUUCAUCCAGAUCGAGCUCUACUACGUAUCAAUUUGACCAAACUUCCCAUCUGGACUUUAGAUAAGCUUCGCAACAGUCUUCUAAACAAUUUAUCACGA